AUGGGAAACAAAAUUGCCAUCUUUUCGGAAGAACAAUUAGAGGAUUAUCAAGACUGUACAUUUUUUACCCGAAAAGAAAUUCUUAGAAUUUUUGAACGUUUCCGGGAUAUGGGUGAAACUGGAGUAGUACCAAAAGUGAUGACAUCGGAAGAAGCAUUGAGAUUGAAACUACCUUUGUCUUCUUUGGCCAAAAUACCAGAAUUUAAGGAAAAUCCUUUUAGAGAGCGUAUUGCUGAUGUAUUUACAAGCUCUCAUGACCUAGAAAGUAGCAAAGGAAUCUGUUUUAAUGAGUUCUUGGAGAUGAUGUCAGUAUUUUCGGAGCAGGCACCUCGUGAUUUAAAAGUUUUUUAUGCUUUUAAAAUUUACGAUUUCGAUGAUGAUGGAGUUAUUGGUAUAAAUGACUUAGAAAAAACAUGUCGGCAUUUGGUUAAAGAUGGAUUAAAUAGUGAUGAAGUAUCAACAAUUUGUCGUAAAGUUCUAGAAGAAAGUGAUAUUGAUUGUGAUGAUGCUUUGUCUUAUCUUGAGUUCGAACACGUUGUUACUCGAGCCUCUGACUUUUUGUCUACUUUUCACAUAAGAAUCUGAAGCCGUUGAAGGGAAUGCAUGGUCUUAAGAUCAGGAUAAGCGAUGGGGUUUCAGUGGAAUUCAACGUCGACGAGGUAACG